CUGUGAUCCGCGCUGAUCUGCCCGUGCCGUGGGGGACCGGAUAAUCGAAAUGGCGGAAACUGACGACUACGAUGCCGGGGGCAUGUUCAAUGACCCCGAGGGCUUCUACGAUCCUGAACCGGAGCCCACCUUCGCCGAGCACCCCAUGCUGUCGGGCCAGACGGUGCGCGUGAGGCUGGUGGGAAGCCAUCCUCUCUAUGGCGACCUCCUCUGGAACGCCGGCCGAACCAGCGCCUUCUACAUCGAAGAGCGAGCCCAGGAACUCAUCGCCGGCAAGGACGUCCUCGAGAUCGGCGCCGCAGCUGGUGUGCCCAGCAUCGUCAGUGCCAUCAAAGGCGCCCGCACGACCGUCAUGACCGAUUAUCCCGAUCCCGAUCUCGUCGAUAACAUGCGCUACAAUGCGACGUCCUCUGCGUCCAUGAUCCCCGCGGGCUCGAAGUUGCACGUCGACGGAUACAAAUGGGGGGCCUCAGUCGAGCCGCUCCAGGCAUGCCUUCCGGCUGGAGAGACGAGAUUCGACGUCCUGAUCAUGGCGGACGUGGUGUAUAGUUACCGCGAACACCCCAAUCUGAUCAAGACGAUGCAGAUGACGUUGAAGAAGUCGCCGGAGGCGGUCGCGUUGGUGAUUUUCACGCCGUACGAGCCGUGGCUGUUGCCGAGGACGGAGACGUUCUUUCCCUUGGCCGAGAACAGCGGGUUUAAGGUGACCAAGAUGUUCGAGAAGUUGAUGGAUAAUGUUCUGUUUGAAAAUGAUCCCGGGGAUGAGAAACUUCGUCGGACUGUUUUCGGAUACGAGAUUAGAUGGACUGAGGAGGAGUUGAAAUAAAAGUUCAUUGAUAGAUUGGUUGGCGUUGUUGGAUGCUAGAGUUUUAUAGCCACGACCUGAACGAAUGUACAGAGUAUAGAUGGUGGUAAUCUACCAUCACACCUACUACACACAAAAUUAUACCCAAUAGAAAC